CGUCACUCACCCCUGAUGGAUCCUGGCUGGCUUUUGACGCUGCCCACGAUUUCGGCGCAGUUCACCAAGACGCACCCGGCAGGGCCUGUGGCAGGCGUGCAGCAUGAUCUGGGGCGAGCGACCAGUACUGCAGGCAGCAGCGUCGCAGCGGACCGGCCGUUGUCCACGGCGUGGCAGACGGCACUCAACGCCACAGCCAUGAGCGCAACCAAGAAGAGGCAAGUGCGCCGCGGGGGCAAGCCACCGCCCGACAGGCCCCAGAGAGCACUCUUCUGCCUCACCCUCACCAACCCCAUUCGGAAACUGUGUAUAGACGUCGUCGAAUGGAAACCUUUUGAGUACCUGAUAUUACUGACCAUCUUUGCAAACUGUGUUGCCUUGGCUGUGUACACUCCUUAUCCCAAUGGUGAUUCCAAUAAUACAAACCUUUAUUUGGAAAAAAUUGAAAAUGUCUUUUUAGGUAUAUUUACAGUUGAAUGUGUGAUGAAGGUUGUAGCGUAUGGUUUAGUGGCACACCCUGGAGCAUAUUUGCGGAAUGGCUGGAAUUUAUUAGAUUUUACUAUUGUUGUUAUAGGUUUAAUAAGCACUGCAUUGUCAAACUUAAUGAAGGAAGGGUUUGAUGUGAAAGCAUUGCGUGCAUUCCGUGUUCUACGACCACUGCGUUUAGUAUCAGGAGUACCAAGUCUACAGGUUGUGCUAAACUCAAUUCUUCGUGCCAUGGUGCCUUUAUUACAUAUUGCUCUCCUGGUAUUGUUUGUUAUUAUAAUCUAUGCAAUAAUAGGCCUGGAACUAUUCUCAGGAAAGAUGCAUAACACUUGUUAUGAUAACACAACAGAUAAAAUGAUGCGUGAUCCACAUCCAUGUGGGAAAAAUGGAGAAGGUGGUUUCCAGUGUUCUGAACUAGGUCCAAAUAUGACAUGCAAAGAAGACAGCUGGGAUGGUCCAAAUUUUGGAAUAACUAAUUUUGAUAAUUUUGGCCUUGCUAUGCUAACAGUUUUUCAAUGUAUAACUCUGGAGGGUUGGACUGACGUUUUGUAUGAUAUUGAAGAUGCGAUGGGAAAUACGUGGCAGUGGAUAUACUUCAUCUCAAUGGUUAUUCUCGGAGCAUUUUUUGUCAUGAACCUAAUCCUUGGUGUCCUCAGUGGAGAGUUUUCCAAGGAAAGAGAAAAGGCCAAAGCUCGUGGUGAUUUUCAUAAGCUGAGAGAGAAACAGCAAAUUGAGGAGGAUUUGAGAGGUUAUUUGGACUGGAUAACACAGGCAGAAGAUAUUGAACCUGAAGGAGAGGAUCACCCUCGGAAUCAAGAUGUAAAAACACAGAAUGAAAUGGAAACUGCAGACAGAGCUGAAGGUGAUGAACUGGAAGUGGAGCAAGAAUCUUGGUGGAGAAAAAAGAAAAAGGACUUCGACAGGCAGAAUCGUCGUUUGAGACGAGCUUGCAGAAAAGCUGUGAAGUCACAAGCAUUCUACUGGUUAAUUAUAAUGCUGGUGUUCUUAAAUACAGUUGUUCUUGCUACAGAACAUUAUCAUCAACCUAAAUGGCUUGAUGAUUUUCAAGACUGGACCAAUCUCUUCUUUGUUGCUCUCUUCUCAAUGGAAAUGUUAGUCAAGAUGUAUAGCUUAGGAUUUCAGGGCUACUUUGUGUCACUGUUCAACCGCUUUGACUGUUUUGUCGUCAUAGGUAGUAUAGGUGAAAUUGUUUUAACGCACACAAAAGUUAUGCCGCCUCUGGGAGUAUCUGUCUUGCGGUGUGUUCGUCUGUUACGAGUGUUCAAGGUGACCAAAUAUUGGAGAUCUCUGUCAAAUUUGGUUGCCUCUCUGCUUAAUUCAAUACAAUCAAUUGCAUCUUUGUUGCUGCUGUUAUUUCUGUUUAUUGUUAUAUUUGCCUUACUUGGAAUGCAAGUAUUUGGUGGAAAGUUUGAUUUUGAAGACACGCAAGACAAAGAUCGAAGUAAUUUUGAUAGCUUUUGGCAGAGUUUACUGACUGUCUUCCAGGUACUGACUGGUGAAGACUGGAAUAUGGUGAUGUACAAUGGAAUACAGGCUUAUAAUGGAGUUGGCUCAUUUGGUGUACUGGCCUGUGUUUAUUUCAUUAUUCUUUUCAUUUGUGGUAACUAUAUUUUGUUAAAUGUUUUCUUGGCUAUCGCUGUUGACAACCUGGCAGAUGCAGAAUCGCUGACAGCCAUAGAAAAGGAAGCAGAAGAAGAAGCUGAGAAACAGCAGAAAUCUCACAGUGGAUCCCCUUCUCGAGGAGAUGAAAAUGUAGACAGCAGAACAAGUGAAGAGGAUCAGGAUAGAGACAGAGAUGGUACAGAAAUAUCAGAAAAAGAUGAAGAAUUAGGAAGUCAUAGUAGAGUUCAGUUAGAAAUAGGUGAUACAGAAGAUUAUGGUUAUGACGGGCAGAAUGACAAUCAAGAUGAAGUAGAUGGAGAUGGUAUGCCAACCGUAUCUGCAAGGCCCCGAAGAAUGUCAGAGAUCAGCAUCAAAACAACCAUUCGACCACUCCCCACAGGAAGUGCCUUCUUUAUACUUUCCCACACUAACAGGUUCAGAGUAUUCUGUCACUGGUUUUGUAACCACAGUUACUUUGGAAAUGUUAUACUUGCAUGCAUCAUGAUUUCUUCUGCCAUGCUUGCUGCUGAAGAACCUCUACAGCAGAAGACUCCAAGAAAUGAUAUUCUUGGACAUUUUGACAUAUUCUUCACAACAGUUUUCACUGUUGAGAUAUGUUUAAAAAUGGUUUCCUAUGGUUUUAUACUCCACGAUGGUGCCUUCUGCAGAUCAGCAUUUAACCUUCUCGACCUUUUAGUAGUCUGUGUCUCACUUGUGGCCAUGUUUGUCAAGUCAAAUGCAAUUUCUGUGGUGAAAAUACUAAGAGUUUUGAGAGUACUUCGUCCACUGAGAGCAAUAAAUCGAGCCAAAGGAUUAAAGCAUGUAGUCCAGUGCGUGAUAGUUGCUGUAAAGACUAUCGGCAACAUUGUGCUGGUCACCUGCCUUCUACAGUUCAUGUUUGCAGUUAUUGGAGUCCAAUUGUUUAAGUACGUAGUGAAAUGCGUGAUAGUAGCCAUUAAGACGAUCGGCAAUAUCAUGCUGGUAACCUACCUUCUGCAGUUCAUGUUCGCUGUCAUUGGAGUGCAGCUAUUCAAGGGUAAAUUCUUUUCAUGCACAGAUGGCUCAAAGAUGACCAAGGAUGAAUGUCAAGGCACAUUCUUAGUUUUUGAAGAUGGUGACAUUAAUCAACCAAAAGUGGAAACCAGGGAGUGGGAAAGAAAUCGGUUUCAUUUUGAUGAUGUUGCUAAAGCCAUGCUCACACUUUUUACUGUAUCUACAUUUGAAGGUUGGCCUGGAUUGCUUUACGUCUCCAUUGAUUCAAAUAAGGAAGAUCAUGGUCCAAUUUAUAAUUUCAGGCCAAUUGUUGCUGCAUAUUACAUCAUAUACAUCAUCAUUAUUGCAUUUUUUAUGGUGAACAUAUUUGUAGGUUUUGUUAUUGUUACAUUUCAAAAUGAAGGUGAACAAGAAUACAAAAACUGUGAGCUGGAUAAAAACCAGCGUAAUUGUAUUGAAUUUGCUCUAAAGGCAAAACCAGUUCGAAGGUACAUUCCUAAACACAGGCUUCAGUAUAAAGUCUGGUGGUUUGUCACGUCACAGCCUUUUGAGUAUGCAAUUUUUAUACUUAUUCUGAUGAACACAGUUACAUUGGCAAUGAAGUUCCAUAAUCAACCAGAACCAUAUACAAAUGCUCUGAAUAUAUUAAACAUGCUUUUUACAUCUGUUUUUGCAAUGGAAUUUGUGUUCAAACUAGCUGCCUUCAGAUUCAAGAAUUACUUUGGAGAUGCAUGGAAUGUAUUCGACUUCAUCAUUGUACUAGGCAGCUUUAUUGACAUCGUCUAUGAUGAGGUGAAUCCUGGUUCUGGAAUGAUAUCCAUUAAUUUCUUCCGUCUCUUCCGAGUAAUGAGAUUGGUGAAACUUCUGAGCAGGGGAGAAGGAAUACGCACUUUGCUAUGGACAUUUAUAAAAUCAUUCCAAGCAUUACCAUAUGUUGCAUUGCUCAUAGUGAUGCUGUUCUUCAUCUAUGCAGUGAUUGGUAUGCAGUUGUUUGGAAAGAUAGCACUUGACUCAGACACGGAAAUCCAUCGCAAUAACAAUUUCCAGACCUUCCCUCAAGCUGUAUUAGUUUUAUUUCGAUCUGCAACAGGUGAAGCUUGGCAAGAAGUUAUGUUAGCAUGUUCAGCAAAUGUGAAGUGUGAUAUUAAAUCAGAUGAGAAAGGAAACACAUGUGGAUCUGAUAUGGCAUUUCCAUAUUUUAUAUCAUUUUAUGUUCUCUGUUCAUUUCUGAUAAUAAACUUGUUUGUUGCUGUUAUUAUGGACAAUUUUGACUAUUUGACAAGAGACUGGUCCAUUCUGGGACCUCAUCAUCUGGAUGAAUUUAUACGCUUGUGGAGUGAAUAUGAUCCUGAUGCAAAGGGUCGAAUCAAGCAUUUGGAUGUUGUUACAUUACUUAGAAAAAUAUCACCACCCUUGGGGUUUGGAAAACUGUGUCCACAUAGAGUAGCCUGCAAGAGAUUGGUUUCCAUGAACAUGCCACUAAAUAGUGAUGGCACUGUUCUGUUUAAUGCUACAUUGUUUGCUGUUGUCCGAACAUCACUGAGAAUAAAAACAGAAGGAAAUAUAGAUGAUGCCAACGCUGAGCUUAGAGCAGUGAUAAAGAAAAUUUGGAAAAGAACAAGCCCCAAACUAUUAGAUCAAGUAGUGCCACCACCAGGAGUGGAAGAUGAAGUAACUGUGGGAAAAUUCUAUGCAACAUUCCUCAUUCAAGAUUAUUUUCGACGUUUUAAGAAAAGGAAAGAACAAGAACUGAAAGAUGGUGAUAAGGAAUCUCAUAACACAGUUACUUUGCAGGCAGGUCUUCGGACACUGCACGAUGCUGGUCCUGAGUUGAAACGUGCCAUAUCUGGAAAUUUGGAAGAACUUAUAGAUGACAAUCCGGAACCCAUGCACAGGCGGAACCAUUCUCUUUUUGGAAGUGUAUGGUCUUCCAUGCGAAGAGGACAUGGAGGAUUUCACAGAGCUCGUUCUCUUAAAGUAAAUGCUACACAGAUAAAAAUGAACCAUUUGGAUGUGCCUGGCAGAAACCUGAGAAAGGUCUCACCCACAAAUUCUAUAGAUUACUUACCCUACAAUUCAAUUCAUAGGGCUAUAACUGAGAGUAUGAAUCAUGUAACAAGCAUGACAAAAGCAGCUGUAGCCCCUCAGAUAAUGAGUACAACAGGAACACAAGAUGCAAUUGUACCAAAGGGUGAAGAGUCAAUUCCUCUCCAUUCUUUGACUGUGUCAAAUGGUGAUCCAACAGACCAAUCUUAUAGCCCGUAUCGGGUCAUUGGCUUACGCGAUGAAUACAGCACUGAGAUCACUCCCCCAACGCCACCUCCCCGGCGUGUUCGUCUGGGAUGCAUGGGACGGGACACAUCAUCCAGCUUUUCACGCAUUGCAAGUGGUCUUAAACUGGCUCAAGCACAGGCUAUGGCAGUAGCUGUAGCAGGCUUCAUGCCUAACACAGUGAUGUUUGCUGUAAACCAUGGAAGGCACUCUCCUCCCACACAUAGAGCAUCUUUCCAUGGCCGAGUGUCAAGGGUGGGAGAUUCAAAUGGGAGUCUUGGUACAGAAAGACUGUCGCAUUCCCUUCCUGGUAGUCCAGCUGAUCGCAGGCCAAACUUUCCUGAAGUUGUUGGGUCAGCUGAGAGUCUUGUUGGCAGGGUGCUGGUUGAGCAAGGACUUGGAAAGUACUGUGAUCCUGACUUUGUGCGUUACACAUCACGAGAAAUGCAAGAAGCACUCAAUAUGACGCAAGAAGAAAUGGAUCGUGCAGCUCAUAGGCUGCUGUUACAAGAGCAUCAAGGGAGACCCCUUUCAUUCCAGAACUCCGCUGUUCCUGGAGAACUUGUACAAGGAAGUGCCAAUCCUCAUUUAUAGCAGUGGGCCCCUACUCUUUUCAGCCAAAAAGUAUUGGCUUGUCUUAUAAAGUGCCUCAUUUACUUUUCCUGAAAAUGGAAAGAUAAAUCAACCUUGACACAAAGUGUCAUUUCCUCCUCAUGUGAACUGCCCAAAUUCAACAAUAGUUGAUUGUUUUUCCUGAUAUACAUAUACAAGAGGAAUGACAUAGAGAAACAUGACUCAUUCACCUGGUAUGGCCUUUAUGUUGUGUUAAUUGAAAAUUUGUCAUGAAAUGUGUGUGAUACAUAUCCAGUGACAGUGCUUUUUAAGUCAAAUAUGUAUCCUGGCAGGACCAGGAAGCUGUAAAACACUUGUGGUGAGCAUAGUCACAUAUUUUUAUUAUUCCAGUGAAGGAAUUGUUUUUGGAUAAUCCAUGAAGAAACUGGGUCAGCUUUAUUUGCAGCAUAAUUACCUGCACUAUGUGAGCCUCAAGAAAUUAAUUUUUCAGUAUAUGUUUGAAACAUUUUUUCUUCUCAUUUGUCAAAACUAGAGCUUACAUUUAAAACUGACUUGGGUGGUACAUUUCAAGGCAAAGCUAAUUUUGUUUACUGAAUAAGGGAGAAAGUACCAUAUUACAGUAAACUUUGAGCACAUUUCCAAUAUUAAUUCUUUCAACAAUUACUGGAGAGCUAUUUUAUUUUUUGUUCUUUUCCAUUAUGACAAUCUUCAUUCACAUAUGCUGAUAAAGUCAGGUCUGGAACAUAUUGGUUUUGUGUGUUCAGGGAAUUUACAAAUUCCUCCAUUAGGUAUUAUCCCCAUUUUUCAGCCCCUUUCCUUUGCCUUUACAGUUAUACCAGAAAGAUAUAGUAAAUAUUUUUCCAUUCAAGAUUGGUGCACAAAAUUUUUACAAACUGAACAAAAAUUUUGUAAGAGUAGUCAGUCAGUUUUUUUUACAAGGAAUUUAUCUUACUUUUUUGUGAUAAGCUUGGACUAUUACUUGAAUACUAAUUUUGUUCUGAGGAAGGGUUUUUUCUGACAACAUUGCUAAUAUGAAUACAUGCAAAGAAAAAGGAGUUGUAAUAGCUAAUUAAUAAUAACUUUUUAAUUAUUUUUCUUUUGGAUAAAUUAUGAAGGGCUUUACUGUUAUUCAGUUAGUCUUUUACCUUUUUUAAAAUAAUUUGCCCCUGUAGAAGGAGAGAGACUUAAAAUUACACUUAAAUAAAUUAUUCAUUUUGUAGAGUAUAGAGCAAAUAAUUCCUGUUGCUAAAUUUCAUUUAACAUUUUCAUUAUCAUUGUAUUUUGUGUUAAAUGAAAUUGGUAAAAACAAAUAUUUUAGUCGCUGUAAUCAUCCUUUUGUUAUUACAGCCCCAUUCAUCAUGAUUGCUCCUGUUCAUUCAUUCAGAAAACAUUACAGCUCCUUGCAGAAUCCUAAGAUAAACGGAGUAGUUUUCUUCUCCUAUUUCCAUGUGUUUCUUUAUGAAUACCAGUUAAAAGAUAAAAUGUUACAGAAUUGUUACUUUUAUGCAAUGUGGAUUUUUUAUGACUGUAAGAAAUUGUACAUGAUACUGGAUGUCCAUUUGUAAUGUUAUAAGCCUUCUACAGUGAAUGUAAGGAAGCCAGUACAUUUCCUGAUCUCCAAAGCCAUUGCUGUUCUUUUCCAUAUAUUUGUGUGUGUGUGCGUGUGUGUGCGCGCGUGUGUGUGUGCGCGCGUGUGUGUGCGCGCGCGCGCGCGUGUGUGUGUGUGUGUGUGUGUGUGUGUGUGUGUGUGUGUGUGUGUGUGUGUGCGUGUGUGUGUUUAAAAAUAAAAAUUGUACAUUUUGUAUACCUGAGAAGUUGAAAGGCAUUGUACUGAGAAGUUUUUAAUCCCACACAAAUGUGUGCCUUGUCAAACCAUAAGUAAAACUAUUUUUUAAUGUUAAAACAUUUAUGUAUAAAGAAUAUUAAAACUAUUCAGACAAAAAA